AUGUUUGUGGAAAAAGUCACAGAUUGCUUGAUGCAGCCAGUUGCGCGAGGGUUUGGGUAUAUAUUUUACUACCAGAGCAACAUAAGAUGCAUGGAUAAAGAAUCUGAGAACCUGAAGAAUAUCAGAAAUGUGGCAGCUGUAAUGCAACGAGGUACAAUUGAGGUUGAAAGAUACGGUUGGUGUCCAAACUUGAAGUCACGUUACUCGCUGAGCAGGAGUGCUAAGAAAAUUACACUCAAGGUGAUUGAAUUUCAAAAUGAAAGCAACAAGUCUGAUACAACACUGGCUGACAAAAUCAGACAAAAGGCGAAACAAGAAUGGUUGUUUGAUGAUGUAUUCAUGGUAAUUGUCAAUCAACAACCAGACUCAAAAAGAAUUGAGGGUGAGAUCACAAGAGAAAUCGGGCUGACAUUAGCAGGGAAUAAGUUAUGGAGUCGUGAAGAUCAGCUGCGUACAAGGUUAACGGAUCAGAACAGCCACAUCCUUAUAAUCUUGGAUGAUUUUCAGAAGACCCUUGAUCUAAAGAGACUUGGAAUUCCAAGUGGAAGCAACCGCAAACACCACAAUGGGAGCUCAGAAGACAUUGGAAGUGGAAUGUUAUCUGAAGAGAAAGCAUGGAUCCUUUUCUGGCAGAAAGUCGGUAAUUUUGUCGAUGAUCCAUCUCUACUUGACAUAGCAAAAGAGGUUGCCAAAGAAUAA